GCUCGCAACGUCAUUUGAUGACGUUUCACGAGUAACGUCAGAGGAAGUUAUACCAGUAAAUUCGCGUUAACUAACAAGUUAAAAUCAUAGAAGCUUUACCCACUCGAACGUUAAAAACAGAGCAGUUUUUUAAUCAAAGCGUCAACCUUUUCCCACCAGCACGAUGAUGAUGGACGAGGACCAGCCCAGGACAUUGUAUGUCGGGAACCUCUCCCGGGACGUCACGGAGGCCCUCAUCCUGCAAGUGUUCUCCCAGAUCGGCCCCUGCAAGAGCUGUAAAAUGAUAUUUGAUACGGCUGGAAAUGACCCGUAUUGCUUCGUGGAGUUCUAUGAGAACAGACAUGCUGCUGCAGCUUUGGCUGCCAUGAACGGCAGGAAGAUCUUAGGAAAGGAUAUGAAGGUUAACUGGGCCUCAAUGCCAGGCAGUCAAAAGAAAGACACAAGCAAUCAUUUCCACGUCUUUGUCGGUGACCUGAGCCCAGAAAUCUCAACAGAUGAUGUCAGAGCAGCCUUUGCUCCGUUUGGAAAGAUAUCUGACGCCCGUGUGGUGAAGGAUCUGGCCACAGGCAAAUCUAAAGGAUAUGGUUUCAUCUCCUUUAUUAAUAAAUGGGAUGCAGAAAAUGCCAUUCAGCAAAUGAAUGGCCAGUGGCUGGGAGGCAGACAGAUCAGAACAAACUGGGCCACAAGGAAGCCAUCAGCUCCUAAACCAAACAAUGAAGCCAGCAGCAAACACUUGUCCUAUGAGGAGGUCCUGAAUCAGUCGAGUCAGAGUAACUGCACUGUGUAUUGUGGCGGCAUUGCUUCUGGCCUUUCAGAUCAGCUGAUGAGACAGACUUUCUCUCCGUUCGGGCAGAUAAUGGAGAUCAGGGUUUUCCCGGAGAAAGGCUACUCAUUUGUGAGAUUCGAUUCUCAUGAGGGUGCUGCCCAUGCCAUAGUGUCUGUAAAUGGGACCUGCAUCGAGGGCCACAUUGUGAAGUGUUACUGGGGCAAAGAAACAGCUGAUAUGAGAUCCAUGCAACAGAUGCAAAUGCCCCAGCAGAAUAAACCCACCUAUGCGGCCCAGCCUUACGGACAGUGGGGUCAGUCAUACGGCAACGGUCAGCAGAUGGGUCAGUAUGUGCCCAAUGGCUGGCAGAUGCCUACUUACGGCGUCUAUGGGCAGGCCUGGAAUCAGCAGGGAUAUAAAUAAGUACAGAUGUGGCUGAUUUAAUCCCUCAGUCCAAUCAUUAAACCCCUCUCCAGUGUGGCUUCUGCCCAAUGGGACUCACCAUUACACCAGUUCAGGGGUUGUUGAAAGGGCUGCAUUCAGCCCACUGUACAUUUAUACUCAGACCAUUAACUUGGAAGAAAUCCUGUCUUUUUGUUUUUAGGCCCCAGGAUAUUAUUUUUUUUUUUUGUUGUUGUGAGAUUUUCUUUUAAAAAGUACUGCAUACUGCAUUUCGGGGACUUUAAUUGUCUAGUUUUGCAACAGAUGGAAUGUCUUUUCAAUGUGUUGAAUCUGCAGGCUUAAUUUAGCUCACACCUCGAACGGUGUAGAAAGUUUGAGGUCUAAUAUACUGCACUCUCUGUAUGGAGUUCUUGUCUUUAAAUCCGAUUUGUUCACAAAUUUCAUCUUUUUGUCAGUAUGACUAUGCUUUACAUUUUAUUUUGAUGAGAAGGUUUAAAAUAUUGAGACGUGUGAUUGCGUUAAUCGAAUAUAAGAUAUUUUAUCUCAUGACGCCUAAUGGUAAAGGUAUUUUGCAUGUAUAGGGGAGAUUAUUCCGUGGCCUUGAGUACUUGAGGUUUCAGGAACUCCAUGGUAAAGUUUUGGACAAUUACUAAAGCUUUUAACAAGUUGUAUUAACACAGAGGUGCAGAAAACAUGCUUGCAUUUUUUUGUUCAAUUUAAACGUUAUUCUAUUGAUUUUGUAAUAUGGAAUCGUUGGCUCAAUUUUUAAACCUUUUUUUCUUUUCAUAUUUUUACAAAAUCAUGUUUGCUUGGAUCAGUUGAGGGUGCGACAGCACAGCAGCUAAUUAGCGGUAAUGGUUGUGCUGUAGCAUCUUUGUAAAGAUUUUUGUAAUUCUGUGUAAAAUGAGGUUGUGAAUUAUUUCUUUAAAUCUUGUAAAUUCAGGGUUUGUUGAACAUUGUAAUGUAACGUUGCAUGGACAUUCUGAGCUCUGUUCUUGUUACAAUCUCUUGUAAAAUCCAUAAAAACAUGUUCAUUAGAGUUACUGAGAUGCAAUUUUUCUAUGUUCCUCCCAUACUUUUCCCCAAGAGUCACUGUUUCAUUUACAAGCCAAAGACAAUGACAAAAAUGAAGCGAGAUCAUGCAUGCUUCCACCUUGCUGUAUUGAGAUGGUGACCGUAAUGUCAGUGUUUGGUGCAUUAUGGAAAGGGGAAGAAAUGCAAGAUACUCCUGGGUUUCAGCCUCACGCUCUCAAGUUGCUCACAAGGCCAAAUUCUUUACCGGACACUGGGGUUUUUUCUCUUACCAUCAUUCUCUCUUUUUUUUCUUUCUGGUUCCCAACACUCACGAUUAAGUCGGUCAAAUUGAAAGUAAUGAGCAACUGUCCUUUUUCCCCCCUCUUCUAUGUCAUGUAAAUUUAUCCACAGUUAUUUAAUGUAUUUUUUUUUUCUGUCUAACUGGGAUUUUUUUUUUUUUUGUAAAAAGCUGGAGAAGUUUACUGUUAUUUUGAAACACCCCGAUUAUAUGCUUCCAUCUAAUGUUGUUCUAUUUACUGUAUUCCAUGUGUAAAAACACUUAAUUAUAACCAUUCAGAACUA